AUGUCGUCUAGAAGUUCGCCGGUUUCUUCGAGGAGCGGGACGCCUGUGCGACCGGGUGCGAAUGGAUACGUGGCUCCGUCACCGGUUCAGUCCAGGAGUCCGUCGAGGAAUGCCAAUCCUGGGCAUAAUGCCCCGGCCAUCGACUCGAGAAGUCCCUCGAGGAGCCAGACCCCGUCGUCUACUCUAAACCCGAAUAUGUUGAGUUCGCCGCCGAGUCGCCCGCCUUCUAGGGUUUCGCUGCGUCAACACGCACCCUCUGGACAGUCUUCGUAUCAUUCCCAACAACAGCAGAAGACGGCUUCACCUGCUCCUUCACCCAUUGGUAUUUCCACCAGUCAGAGUACCAGUAACCACUCGAGGGAGGAAAGUGGGAGUACGACCAGUCAGACCCAUUCACUCGACAUUUCGCAACAGUCGCAUCAAUACUCGGUUUCGCUUGCGCCUUCGAACCAAUCCCAUUCUAAUGCCUACCAACAUUCCAAUACCUCCCACCAAUACCCGCCUUCGCAGUACUCGAGUACCUCCACCGGUGCUUCUCAGUCUCAAUACCAGCCCUCGCUAUCGAACGGGUAUUACCAAAGUCAAGCCGAGUAUGGCGGUAGUACCGCGAGUGGAUUCGAACCUCGGCCGAGUUUGUUGAGGGAUGGGAGCAUUGGGAGUCGUAAUGGUGACAAGGAGUUGCCGAGGACUCCCUCGCUGUUGGGUAUCGGUGCUAAUGGCAGAGCCGGAGCCGGUGGAUCACCACCGUCGUCUGACCAGGCCCAGCCCCGCCAUAGUGUCGGUAACCGGGCGCUUCAGUUGCAUCUGCUAGCUGUAAGCGGUGGGGCUACUGGGGGUGAUCGGAGUGUGGGAGGUGAUGGUGUCGGGUUGGGGAUUAGAGGUAGUGUGACGAGUGGAAGUGGUGCUGGUCCUGAUGCAUCCCCACCGCCGCCACCCCCACCCCCAUCUUCCAUGAAACCUGUGUCGUCCCCGCCACGUGCGAGUUCGGCGUCUGCGAGUGCUGCCCAAACAUCAACCCCGCGAACGUCGUCUUCUGUUCACCGCCAUGGCCAUAUGUCUUCGCCUCCUGGCCAUAGCAUCCGAGCGAAACCGUCGACUGUGUCGUUGAACCCUUCGUUGAGGCCGUCACUUGUGCCGUCUGCCGGUGAAGAGCCCGAUGCGUUCCAUGUACGGAGUACCUACGCUCAACUGGAGGUGUAUGGAGUCAAGGGUGACGGGUUUGAUGAAGGUGUAGAGAGGACACGAGCUGCUAGAACACGUGUUGGAUCUUCGGUCGCCACUCCUUCGCCUAAUGCCUCCACCUCCCUCUCACAUAGCCCCGACACUUCCGCGACCUCCCCUGAUUCCAAUGGCCAUCAACCUCCGCAUCGAACCAAAAGCCAAGUUUUGGCGGACGAAGCGAUUGCCGAUGAGAAUGAGAAGAAACGCGAGCUGGAACCGGAGGAGAUUAGGGUGCUGCAGAGUGUGGAUCGCUAUGGGUUUAUGAGCGUUACUUCACAUGAGAGGUUGAUCCUUUUACCUUCGGUUCCGCUUUUGAAACCCCUAUCAUCUGGUGCUGGUGCGCCGUCCUCGCCUCCAUCGAAUUCAACUUCUCCGCCCCCUUUGAAGACGUUACAGUCUAUUCCCCCUCCGCAGACGAACCCGAAAGAAAACGAUCGGAUAGAAAAGUGGAAUCGUAUGUUGGUUCCUCAUCAGCGGGAUGAGGGAGGGAAUGUGCAAGCGUGGCGAGUCCGACCUUCAAAAACGAGUAAACUGCGACGGAGGGUGUACAAAGGCGUUCCGGAUCGUUGGAGAGCGGCGGUUUGGGAGGUCUUGAUGUGCGCGUACGUUGCUGGACAUGGCGGGGAUGUGGAAGGUGGCGGGUAUGAUGGGAACGGGAACCCGAAUCGGCCGUGGCAGGAGGUGGAUACGGAGACGAUUGUCAGGUUGACUGCCAGUCCUGAUGCUGCGAGUGCGGGCGUGAGACAGGUUGAGAGGUCUGCGAGGGAGUACAGGGAGGGUAUCGAACGUCCUUCGACGUAUGAUGUCCAAAUCGACUUGGAUGUGCCGAGGACGGUUAGUGGGAAUAUUCUGUUCAAGACGCGGUAUGGCGCUGGCCAACGCUCCCUCUUCCACGUCCUCCAUGCAUUCUCGCUUACCUGCCCCGUGUGCGGCUACGUCCAAGGCAUGGGGCCCCUCGCCGCCACCCUGCUCUCCUACCUCCCGCCCUCCCUCUCCUACACCUGUCUUCUCCGCCUCCACACCUCCUACAACAUGCACACCAUCUUCUCUCCCGGAUUCCCCGGUCUAUUGGAAGCGAUCUACGUCCAGGAACAGCUCACCAAAACCUACAUGCCCGCUGUGUACGAGAGUUUCAAGCGGAAUACGAUUGGCGGCACGAGUUAUGCGACCAAGUGGUAUAUCACGAUGUUUGCGAAUAGCGUGCCGUUUCAGAUGCAAUUGAGGCUUUGGGAUGUGUUUUGGUUGGAGGGGAUGGAUGUCUUUGUGGCUGUUGCGGUUGGCGUUUUGUGGGUUUAUAAAGACCAAAUCACCUCGCCGCAUGCCAAUUUCGAAACUAUCCUUUCCUUGUUGUCUUCGUUCUUUGUGCCGGAGGAUGAAGACGUGUUCAUGGGCUGGAUUGAGAAGAUGCUGUGUGAUCGGAAAAUCAGAGGGAGUAUGAAUCAGUGGAGGAAGGAGUGGAAGGUGUUGGUUGAGAGUGGGAAGGAGGUCGAGGCGUUACUUUAA